AUGAAGAUGGCAAUGUCUGUGAUCCAAGCGUGCCGCAGCCUGGCUCUCUCAACAUGGCUGCUGUCCUUUUGUUUCGUGCAUCUGCUGUGCCUGGACUUCACCGUGGCCGAGAAGGAGGAGUGGUACACGGCCUUCGUCAACAUCACCUACGCCGACCCGGCGGGCGGCAGCGCCGAGCUCCGCAGCGAGAAGAGCGAGUGCGGGCGCUACGGCGACCAGUCGCCCAAGCAGGACGCCCGCGGGCAGGUGGCCCUCUCCGCCUCGCCCGCCGACCGCUACGCCUGCGACCCCGGCACCCGCUUCAACGCCCCGGCGCCGGGCAAGAGCUGGGUGGCCCUCAUCCCGCGGGGCAACUGCACCUACAAGGACAAGAUCCGCCACGCCGCCGCCCAGAACGCCUCGGCCGUCGUCAUCUACAACGUGGGCUCCAGCAACGCCAACGAGACCAUCACCAUGCCCUACGCAGGCCUAGAUGAUGUUGUAGCAAUAAUGAUUCCUGAACCCAAAGGAAAAGAGAUAGUGAGCCUCCUGGAGAGGAACAUCACUGUGAUGAUGUACAUAACCAUCGGGACACGCAACUUGCAGAAGUACGUCAGCCGGACCUCCGUGGUGUUCGUCUCCAUCUCCUUCAUUGUGCUGAUGAUCAUUUCGCUGGCAUGGCUGGUCUUCUAUUACAUCCAGCGAUUCCGCUACGCAAAUGCCAGAGACAGAAAUCAGCGCCGGCUUGGAGAUGCUGCAAAGAAAGCAAUCAGCAAGCUGCAAGUCAGAACAAUCAGGAAAGGUGAUAAGGAAACUGAGCCAGACUUUGAUAACUGUGCUGUUUGUAUUGAAGGCUACAAACCCAAUGAUGUUGUCAGAAUUUUACCUUGCAGGCAUCUUUUUCACAAGUCCUGUGUAGACCCCUGGCUGCUAGACCAUCGUACCUGCCCUAUGUGUAAAAUGAAUAUUUUAAAAGCUCUAGGGAUCCCGCCAAACGCGGAUUGCAUGGAUGAUAUACCUCCGGACUUGGAAGCGUCCGUAGGAGGACCUCCAACCAACCAGAUAACAGGAGCCAGCGAUACAACAGUGAACGAGAGCUCUGUUGCUCUGGAUCCCCCAGUGCGGACUGUGGGAGUGCUACAAGUCAUCCAAGAUGUAGACUCCUUUCCCCAGGCUGGGGAGGGUAACUUCACAACAAGCAAUGAACAGGAGCCAGCAGUCAGCAGUGAUUCAGAUAUUUCAUUGAUUAUGGCAAUGGAGGUUGGACUCUCCGAUGUGGAGCUUUCCACUGAUCAAGACUGCGAAGAGGUGAAGUCUUGAAAAACAAACAGAGCUCCGACACUAAACUACAGGGGAGGGUCACAGGGAGGGACCGAGUCAGCUUUCUAGGAUUUGGACCAGUCAUGCACAUGCCUCCAGAGCACUGUCACUCCUGCACACUCCAUUCUGAGAUGGUCACGAAAAGCAAUAGCAACAGUUGUGUCUGCCUGGGUGCAGUUUCAUCAACUUACAUACGUUUGGUUUGUUCACACGGGAGAUGAACACUUCCAGUUUACCCACGUGCUUGAGAGCAGUCAUGUAACUCUUCAUGGCUCAUAAAUACGCAACUGAAAUGACGACUUGAGUGUUUUCUACACUUGUUCGAUUGGGUUUUUGUUUCUUUUCUUUUUUUUUUUUUGGAAAAGACGUAUGUUUGUUACAUUUGUUUGUUUAUAGUUUGUUAUGGAUAGACACGCUAUUUUUGUUGACUGACGCCCAGCUUUUUCAAGAGUUCAAUCCAGAAACCUGAAUUCCUGUUCACUGGUCACUUUGUGAUCCAACUCCAGGAUGUAUCAUUGCCUGUUGCUUCUUUAUGAAGCACACAGGGCUUCAGAAGGAUGGUGCACCAGCACCCUGUAAUAAUGUGAAGCCUGCUUUCAUUAAGUGGAGGCUUGGAAACUGUGUAUUCUGAAGGGCUUUAUUUGUAAGAGAGCUCUGAAUUAAAAAAGAUUGCAGAGAUUUGGUUUAAAACAGCAUUAUGUUGACUUUUACGUAGAGCUCUAUUUGAGACAAGUAUGGUACAGUGUUGAGGGAGAGAAAGAAAAGCAUUAAGCUUCACCCUGUCCGUCUGGUCCUUUGCUAGAUUUAUGCUAUCAGUAGUGGUCAGUACAUUGACAGCCUUCCUUCAAGUUACAGGGCUAUAGCUGGAAAAGAUCUAGUGUAACAUUGCAUCUUUGCUUAACUUUACAGACCAGAAUCUGACCAGUAGGCUGAAAGAGUGUCUGAGGGAUUUCAAGAGGGUGCUUGUUAACAGCUGUGCAUUAUGCAGACAAAAAAAGAUGUUCUUAGAAGGGGUCCGGAGAUGCUGAUAUCAGUCUCAGAAAUUGUUAAUGAGGCAGGAGGCAGCUGGAUGAAAUGUUUACUUACCGCUUUGUUUUUUGUUUUAUUUUUUUUUCUUUCUGCAUUUCUCCUUUUUUUCUCUCUUUUUUUUUUUUUUACUGCAGUUUUUGCCAGCUUGUUACCCAACACAAGAGUUCAGGUGGUUCAUUGCCCUCCAGAGUCCCUGUUAACACUGCUGCAAGCAUAACGGAAUACUUGCAAUUUAUAUAAGUAUAUAUACCAAAACAUUUUGGGUAGGGAGGAAGGAAUUUAUAAAUAAGAAGCAACACAAAUCAAAAUAUCUAAAUAAUAAUGACCUGUGAUUAUUAUUAGUCCAUACUGAAUUAUGCUUUCCAGGAAAAAAAGCUUAUUUUUACUUGUUCAAUCUAUGAUUUCAUUUUUCAAAAUAUUCAACUGUGAAAAAGCCCUCUUAGCUAACUGUUUUACAAGAGUAAAUGCUUUCUGUUGACAGUCAGAUGAUUUGAAUCACAUUACUGGCUCCCAAGUAGGUCAGCAGAAUCAAUGAUUCGUCUUACAUCGAAAUUUCAUGGAGAGGUCAAACAUCUUCACUUGUGUCACAGCAGCAUCUCAAAACGCAACUGUUAGCGUUCUUGCUAUAUUUAAUCUUCCUUGUGGAUUUAUUCACUAGCUGUGGAAAACAGCUCCCACCCAAAAUUCAUUUUAUCAGAGCUUAUUCAGGAACAAAUGUGGUUAGAACUAUCCCUAAAAUUUUGGACAACUUGCUUUUUUAUUACAGGAAGAAGGAAGAAUUAUCCUCCAUACUUUUGGUUUUGUUCAUUUUAUAGCUUAUUUUUUGUGAUGUUCUUAGUCCCUAAAUUGCAGGGUAUGUUUGAGGCUUCAAAACCAUGAUCCAGAUAUGUGCUGUUACAUUUUUAUAUGCCAUUCAAAAGAACAUCUCUUUUUAAUUAAAGAGAUGCAAGGAGUUGGGAAUCUGUUUGUUGUAAAAAGGAAGUUAGAGACUGUUCCGGAGGGCGCGGCUGAGUCACUCUUGCCAAUAGUUGUGGUUCUGUUAUCACAUUUUCCUUAUUCUUUAAUAUCUCCUCUGUUCCCUGCCACUCUGGGAAAGGCCCACACUAUCAGGGGAGCCGAUGCUGAAAUUCACCCCUUCACAAGAGUUCACACAAGGUACCAAUCACAUCAGCUCCACUUAAGCUCUGGAAGUAAUGAAGUAGGAUUUAAGUGGUGCUUAUACCUCAUACCGGCCCUUCACAUAGGAGUGAAAUUCAUUGUGAGUGAGUUCAGGGGAAAGAGAAGCUGGUUAUAUACCCAGUCAGGGCUCCCUAUGGAAAGAACACACGCUGGUACAGUUUCUUCCCUAGUGCUGGAGCCUGAGUGCUAUAUGUCACAGGAACAUCACGAACACGAUGUCCAAGUUGUCAGUGAUCCUCUAACAUCCGCCUGCGGCACCCAGCACGCAAACAGAACUCCUGGCUGAGUCAUGUGGGUUUCAGAGGGCCUGUCACAAAGUCUUCAUUUUAUUUUACAAGCUGAAUUAACUUAGUGGACAAACUGACCAAUUGUCUGUUGCUGUAAUGGAGUCCCCCACAGCACAGCAGAGCAAGCGAGGUCUGUGUUUGCACAAGAGGCUAGAAAAAAAAAAAAGCAAGGCAGGAGGUGAUGCUGAAGUGGGUCAUUUGCAGGCAAAAUCCUUAAAGGGAGCUGUGCUCAACAGGACAGCACACAGACUGUAACUGAGACCCUGCCCAUACCUCUAGAAGCUGGGAAAGGAUUUUGGAGAGGGAUCACACUCUGCAUGCUCUUUCUGUAAGUAUCCCAUCCUAGACCUGGUCCUUCAGGGGCCAGGGCUGGCCACCAUCAGGGAUAGGGUGCUAGGCUAGGUGAGAUGAUUUUGUGCACCACCAUAUUAUGGUCUUUCAGAAGAAUCAUCCUAGCAAAUCUGGGUCAGGAGACUUUCAGCUUUUGUUUUCCAAAUUCUGCAGUUUUGCUCAGGAAGGAUGUUUCUCCAUCUCUCUCCUCAGGUGUUGUGUAGCUCUGAGCGCUGUUACGUGAUAACAAGUGCUAGGCCAGGUUACACAGCACUGAAGGCAGAACUUAGGAAAGCACUUAAGUAAAUGUUUUAAUCCGUCCUUGUUCAGAAAAGCACUUAAGGCUAAUGUUGGACUUGCUCUGAAAUCACAGUAUUUUCAACAGGUCUUCUAUAGUAUAUUUAAGACCCUGGGUCAAAUGGAAAUGUUUUCCUAAAGCAGGUCCUGGCUCAAAUGUCCUUUGUAUAUAUAACCUGGGAAAUGCCUUGGCAAUUUGAGGUGCUUCAUAAAUAUUAAGAGCCCAGAGGUAUGUUUGUAACACAUGCGAAAGCCUUAAUUCUGUAGAUCCUCAUGCCCGUGCAGUUUUGCCUAUGUGAAUCCCUCCCCUGUGAUUCCUCAUAGGGUAAAACUAAAUCUCCUCAUUGGCAGGUUUGGGCGCGAUUGGUCCCUUCCUGAGCGUUUUGUGAUUCCUCGGUACUGCUGCCCGCCACACCAGGGCUCUGGCAUUAAAUAGGUGGGAUUCGGAUGCUGGGGGCACGGCCCUGCCUGCUAAGAACAGAGAGCAGCCUUUAGCCUGCAGCCAGGAGGGGAAAAAAAAAAAAAAGUGCUCAGGUGUGUAAUUCUGCACACUCGUGCCGUGGUGCGGAUGGCUUUGCUGCAGCUGCUGCUGUCUGGACAGCACGGCUGGGACCGGGGGCCGGUCCUGCACAGGGCCGGUGGCCAGAAGGCAGCACAGCUCUGAGAAAAUGUUCUUGUCACUAGGCUCAUCGUGUGUCUCUGUAAACUCUUCCUGUUCCUGUCACCUGAGGCUCUUUUGUCUUAUUUCCCAUUGGUGAGCACAGUGUGGGAAAAGCGUUCACCAGCUUGUCUUCACUCCGGCUGGGUUGCAGGAGGAAACCUGGACAGGCAGAGCCUGUGCUCUGAGUUCCCUUUGGUUUUCAUGGGUUUCGCUGAACUGCUUUCCCAAAGGCCCGUUCAAUAGGUAGAAGAUGUAAAAAGUUGCAUGGGCAGAGUUUUGUGCUCGGACCCAACCUAAUGCGUGCAUGUGGGUGUGCAAGGCACCAGCUCUGCUGCAUCCCUUCCUCAGCUCACCCGUUCUGCUGCGGGCACAGGUCUGGCACUUGCUGAGAGUUUGAGGUUUGUUUUUUCCCGACUGCUUCAGAGCCUCAAAAACAGGACAGGGACAAUGGUAGUGCUGCAGUUUGUUCUUUAAGCAAUCUAUAGAAUUAAAAUUCCACAUACGCAUAUACAAGUACAUUGAUGCAGCUAUGGAAACUGCAUUGUAGUGAAAACAGAAGCUGCUGCCAUUUUUAGAGCGUUUCCAUAUGUGAAAGAACCUGGCAAUAAAGAAAAAGGCUUUACAGAAGCAACUUGAAAAAAAAACUGAGAUCGCAUACUAUGAGAGGUCCCUAGGAUCUCACUGCUUUAAUUUAAUGACGUCUGGAUCAGAUCCAGAAGAUGCUGUUGCAAGAAAGUCCAUACUUCGUCUCUUGUUGAAUGACCAGUUUGUGAUACGUUCUGACUUUGUUAACAAAAUGAACCCAAGCACUGAGACAGAUCUAGCUCAGAAUUCAAUGUUUCACAAGGAAUAUGCAUUUUGUGAUCCGAAGUCUUUCUUGUUGCACCUGUUAAUCCACCCUCUUUUCCCCUUUGCUAAAUAAAAAGAAACGCUUGUCCAACUUGAAAAAUGUUGAGCUCAGAAGAUGUUUGCAUACAGAAGGAUUGCCAUGGCAGGUAUCUGCAGAUCACUUAACACCUCUACGUGCUUUCAGUCAUCAGUACACAGUGACAGAUUUUCUGUAAAACAUGUUAUAUUUCCCAUUCUGGUUAAACCUGGAGUGCAGUCAUCAUAUGAAUUUUCCAGUUUUUUGCCUUACCAACUUUUUCCUUUGAAUGUAUGCUGCAGCCUCUUGAGGGGAUUCAGUGAUUAAUGGGCAAAGAUCAGGGCACGAGCCUUCAUGGAUAAUCUCGAGGCUGCAAGCCCUUGUUGUGACGAUUGGUCUGUACUGAAAUGACGACACAGGUUAUGUUCAACAGUGGGAGAUGCCUUUCGGGCUGGGCAGCGGGCAGCUCCCAGCCUGUGUUUGUAAGAGGCUUGUUCCUUCCUGGUCAUUGUCCAUAGAAAAGCUGAUGAGUAUGUAGUGUGAAAUAAGCCAGGAGUGUGAGUUUACAGUCUGUGCAAACCAAGAAAACUGAUAGUCAUUUAUGGCCUUCUAUUUCACUAGCAAUAAUGGAGAUUUUUUUUUACCCGUUGUUCUUGUAGAGCCCGGUUGUAGGGUGAAAGUUACUGGUCUGAUAGAGCUGUGGGCCAGGACGAGUCCAAACAGAAGCAGUUAGUUAACCUCGUGUAGCGCCCAGCCAGAGGGAGGCAGCCACAGUGCAGAGGGUCAGCGCCUUCGGGUGUGCCCUGUGCAUUGUCCUGGUAGCGUAGAAGGGCUCACAGAUAAAUGUCCUGUGAUACGGCUCAGCGUGGGGGCUGAAGAAGAGGCAGGCCCUGGGCCUUGGGCAGAUUCAGGGGAACCCAACCGCUUCGUAAGCGGGGCUGCUGCCUGUUAGCUGCUGCUGGAUUGCUGCUUCACUGAGGAGCACUGAGUGCAAACAGGCUCAUUUGGUUUACAGAUGCAGUGUUUGAGCAUAUACGGGGCAACCGGUCUGACAGAUAUAAAUCAAGUCAGUUAAAGCAGCAGCAAAAAACAGCAUAAGGAAAUAUUUUAGGGGAAAGGGAAAAUGAGGGUGGAGGUGUUGUUUUAGCAGACUUUUUGAACAGGGACAACUGAUCCAAGGCAAGCAGUCCUUUCCUUCAGACAAGCCCUUACCUGAACUAAUUGAUAGCUCUGCAGCUGGCAGGGGAGCCAGGUGGGCUUUUGGGUGCGGGUGCAGCAGCUGGCAGCUGCGGGCUGGGGGCGACGAGCGAGGGCCAAGGGUGCCCUCUGCCGCGCAGCUGACACCCGCUAGGCAGGAGCUGCUCCCAGUGCUUUCUCUUCCCUGGCACUUCUGUUCUGUGGGGAAAAAAAAAAAAAAGAAAAAAAGAAAAAAAAAAAAAGCUUUCUGAGCACAAGCUGUAUUUCAAAGAGAGAAACAGAGAAGAUGAGAGGAAUUAAAUGCCUUGUGGAGUUUGGAAAGCCAACGGAUGAGUUUUCCAUCUGAAAUUAAUCUUGCCCCUCCCAACUAUUUUAAUUGUGAAUUGGUGAAAGUUCAUUCUUUCUGGAGUGAAUGCAAAAAAAAAAAAAAAGACAAAAAGAAGAAAUAGUGUUUUCCCUUUUUAUUUCCUGAUUUUUCAGUCCUGUGUAGUGUUAAAAAUAAUAAGAUCAAGGCGCUUGGUUGCUCUGAAUGUAUACGGUUAUUACAGAUGUCAAUAUCUAAAUGUUUUGUAUUUACGUAAUACCACCCUCACUUCUUGUUUCAUGUUUAGGAACCUGAAAUGACUGUACCAUUUUGUAAUUAGAAAUGUAAAGAGGGGACAGUGGGUGGGAGGGUCUGUUACUUUUAUAGCAAGAUGUU